GUUCCCCGCUGAUCUCUCAGGAGUUCCGCGGCCAGGGGUGUCGGCUUUCCGCCGCAGGCGGCCGGUGCUCGCUAGGUCCUAGCCUCCCCCACCCCGCCCCUCCUCGGAUCCUGUGGUCGGGUAGCGCCUGGAGGGCGGCCUGCGGGCGGGCCGUCCUCUCAGCCGUAGCCCACCCCCUCUUAAAGCCGCGGCGGGAAGAUGAGGUUUCGUGAGCCGUUCCUGGGCGGCAGCGCCGCGAUGCCGGGCGCGACCCUGCAGCGGGCCUGCCGCCUGCUCGUGGCCGUCUGCGCGCUGCACCUCGGCGUCACCCUCGUCUAUUACCUCUCCGGCCGCGAUCUGAGCCGCCUGCCCCAGUUGGUCGGAGUCUCCUCUCCACUGCAGGGCGGCACGAACGGCGCCGCCGCCAGCAAGCAGCCCCCGGGAGAGCACCGGCCCCGGGGCGCGCGGCCGCCGCCUCCUUUAGGCGUCUCCCCGAAGCCUCGCCCGGGUCCCGACUUCAGCCCUGGUGCAGCUUCUGGCCCCGGCCUGAAGAGCAACUUGACUUCGGUGCCAGUGCCCACCGCCACUGGACUGUUGUCGCUGCCUGCUUGCCCUGAAGAGUCCCCGCUGCUCGUUGGCCCCAUGGUGAUUGACUUUAAUAUUCCUGUGGACCUGGAGCUUUUGGCAAAGAAGAACCCAGAGAUAAAGAUGGGUGGCCGUUACUCCCCCAAGGACUGUACCUCUCCUCACAAGGUGGCCAUCAUUAUCCCAUUCCGUAACCGGCAGGAGCACCUCAAAUAUUGGCUCUAUUACUUGCACCCAGUCCUUCAGCGCCAGCAGCUCGACUAUGGCAUCUACGUCAUCAAUCAGGCUGGAGACACCAUGUUCAAUCGAGCUAAGCUGCUCAAUAUUGGCUUUCAAGAGUCCUUGAAGGACUACGAUUACAACUGCUUUGUGUUCAGCGAUGUGGACCUCAUUCCGAUGGACGACCAUAAUGCCUACAGGUGUUUUUCACAGCCCCGCCACAUUUCUGUUGCAAUGGACAAGUUCGGGUUUAGCCUACCUUAUGUUCAGUAUUUUGGAGGUGUCUCUGCUCUCAGUAAACAACAGUUUCUUGCCAUCAAUGGAUUUCCUAAUAACUACUGGGGUUGGGGAGGAGAAGAUGAUGACAUUUUUAACAGAUUAGUUCAUAAAGGCAUGUCUAUAUCACGCCCAAAUGCUGUAGUAGGGAGGUGUCGCAUGAUCCGACACUCAAGAGACAAGAAAAAUGAGCCCAAUCCUCAGAGGUUUGACCGGAUCGCACAUACAAAGGAAACUAUGCGCUUUGAUGGUUUGAACUCACUUACCUACCAGGUGUUGGACGUACAGAGAUACCCGCUAUAUACCAAAAUCACAGUGGACAUCGGGACACCGAGAUAGCAUUUGGGUACAAAUAAGAGACCUGAGAAUGGCCAGAGACCUACGAUAUGUGUCUCUGCCAGUCGACUGGGCUGGUCCCUCUCAUUUGUACCGUCUGAAUGAUAGUUCUUCUUCCUUAUUCAGACAUCUUUCCAGAUGCCCAGGGUGAAUGUAACGUCUACCCACAACCUGGCUCGGCACUGGGUGAAAUUCUACAAGGUGUUUGUCAGUGUAAAAAUGGUCAGCCUUUGGAGAGGCUUCUUGGACAUGUCAACCCCAAAGAGUCAAAACUGUAUACAGUUCAAAACUUAGUGACUGUGGGUCACAUUCCCACUGUUGGAACUGCUAAAUUGUGACAUGGGUAAGAACUUUGCUUUAAUCGGUGACGUUCAUACUUCAUGACAAACUGAGACUGCUGCUGGAUUCAGAUUGACAAGAUAGUCUUGGAUUUUUUUUUUUAUACAAAAAUCAAAAUUUCAAUCAGUCUCGUGUUCUGUCCUUUCCUACUUUCUCCCAUUAGUAUGCAACUAUUGCAAUCACUGUGUGUGUGUGUGUGUGUGUGUGUGUGUGUCUUCUCUUAGCAAAAGAGUUUUAAAACUUGAGCCUGGAACUUGGUGUCCUGUCAGUGUGGAUUCCAAGGCCUCACCCUUCGAGCAGGGGCCUAGGCACUCUCACUUACAUGGCCUGUCUCCAGAUCCCUGUCUGAUUUCUGAAUGUAAAGAGGUUUUUUUGUUGUUUUUGUUUUGUUUUGUGUUUGUUUUUAGAAGCAGUUUGUAGUAUUUUAAAGAAUAAAUCAAGUUUUGAUUAUGCUAUAGAUUGAUUUUGUAUUGAUCCAAAUUGGAAUAGCUAUUGAGCAUUUUAAGUCAUGACUUUCUUUUUCUGGGCAUGCUGUAUAAACUUGAAUUUCCUAUGUAUUUUUAUUGUGGUAUUUUAAAUGUCGGGAAGGGAUUGAGUAUUUUUUAGGGGAAAAAAUAAUGUAUGCUGUAGUGGUCACAAGCCUCUGAUUUAGCUGGCAGGCCAGGUUUUGUAAAGAGCAAAAUUACUUUCAGGUCCCCUGCUGAGGGAACAGGUCAGCGUUACCCUGCCAGACUUCUGGGUCAGGAACUUGGGGAGCCAGCAUCUGCUUACCUGGCAGAACUCUCCCUCCACUCCCCCAGGUGGGCCAGGUGAAAGGCCCUUGGCCUCCUAGAACUGACCCCUCAUGGCCCUGGGCUGUGGGGUUGAAAAAUCAUAGCAGUCAGGUUGUUUACCAUCCCUCUGAGCCUCGGCACCCCACUUCCUGACCCACCCAAAGUUACCAGUUCUUACUUUUCUCCUGUUCUUCUCCUUCCUUCUCUCCUCUCACUUCUCACCCCUUUGCUUCCUUCCCUAAAAUUUCCUGUGGCACUCAGGGUCAGACUAUUCAUUCUCCAGCAUGAUUGUGCCUUUUAAUUAGAGGCCUAGAGAGUUCACCUGAACCCACACCCCAUUCUUCCUGAGAAUCCUGGUGCCUAAGCCCCUCAUUGCCACUCAGGGUUUAGCAGGUGCUCCCACUGCUCAGUUUAACCCAUGAGAUGUCAUUCACAAACCCACCUGUGGCAGGCGGUGUGCUGUGCCUGCGGUGACAUAGCCAGAAACAUGCACUGCACUCAGACUGUCAAGCUGAGAGGGCUUCAAAGAUGAAGCCUGGGUUGGGAUUGUAAGGAUCAGCUAUCUAAUCCCAGAGCUAAACCCUUUCUGCUUGUGGCAGCCUAAACUCCAGCCCUGAGUAUAGAGGAGGAAAGGCUGGCUGGCCUUCAUCCUACCUGUGCCUUUAUUGCUUUGAGCACCACCGUCUCUAACUUGCUGCCUUCUCCAGAAGCUUUUUUAUGUGUGGGUUAGAAAUUCUUUUCCUCAAAGCAGCCAGGCUGUGCAAAAUCUGUGCUCUCUCGGUUCCCCAUGUCUCUAGGAGGCCAUUAAAACCAAGACUGGAUGUACCGAGAGGAGGUUUUUUUUCUGUCCCUAAAUCCUGGCUUCUCCAAAGUGCCUUAAAAGAAGGGAGACAGACACAUUGAGUGUGUUGCUUCUUUCUCUCCUAAAGCAAGACUCUGCCUUUUCUCAAUGCUGUUCCUGUUGGGUUUUGUUCAUGUCAAAUAUAUGGCUCAUUCUCAGAACCGAGGGAAAUUGUCUUGCCUGUUCUUCCCAUUUCCUCCCUUCCAGCAUCCUUUCGGCACCUCCGGCCCAAGGCACUGUUAGGCCUGGGCAUCUGCCUGGCCCAGGAGAUGCCACUGGGGCCUGCAGGAUUGAGGGGACAGGGAACAUUUCCUUCACCUGGGAAUUCUGACCCUGGGGUCACAUGCUGUGCCUUUCUCUGUCUAUAUUUUUUUUGGUGACCUGUGUGGCAUGGCCUUUCAGACAGACCAGAGGCACAGAAAGGCAAAGGAAAUGUGCUGCCCUUUAGCCUGGCAGGGUCUCUACUGCCCACUGGGCUGUUCCAGACCUGUGACGCUGUGCGUGUAUUUUGAUAUCCCAUGUGUACACAUGUGUUUUCCAUUGGGGCUGGGGGUGGGUGGCUGUCUCUGAUCUUGAUGUUCAGAACAGACAUCUGUAUUUUUGCCUUUGGAAUGCAGUAAUAUAACAUGAAUAAAUGACCCUAUCUUUGUAA